AACUUGUUUGUAGCGUCCCCUGUGUCUCCAAGCUUCACAGACGACAUUCCUAGCACGCCAGUCACGACUUCCCGAGAUCAAUCUAUUCUGCAGUUUGACGACCUCACCUCCUCUCCAUAUCAUGUUGAGCCAUAUCCCCAACGAAAGCCUUUGAUUGAAAUUCCAGUAUUGGAUACGCCCAAUAAGCAGCGCGUGGAGGGAGUGUACGACAGAUUUUUGAUGGCGGCUACUGGUGUCAAGCGUGUCGGCCGCGGAUACCAGUCUGACAAUAGACGCUCUAUCCAACAUGUUGCGACUCGAGCCCCGGAACCCAAACUCGCUGGCCCCCAUGCCAAUCGUAAUUUCCGCGUUUUUAGCUCUGCAAGACGAGCAAUGCCGCCUCCUGUGUCAAGCGAAGAUGUGUGGCGAUCGUCAUCGGUAGAUGAGUUUGGUUAUGUUGCGACUACACCUGAACUUCGUGCAGAAAGAGAGAUCAGGGAGAUUAACAAGGAGAACACCGUCACACUAAUGCGUCGUGCUAUCAAGGCUAUGGUCCCUGGUAAGACUGUCUCGAGAAGGCUGUCACGCACGCUGGUUGCUGCUUGA